AACCAUCGGACAAAGCAGAAAAAAACCUCCAACUCACAGAACACCAUCGUGGAAAUAGGAAAAGGAUGAACAACAAAGGAAACCCCAAACAUGAAUACCGAGAAGGCAAACCCCAGCCCUCACUCACAGGCUGUGAAGGCAGAGGAAGCCGGCAGGUGGACUCCGAAAGCCCUCAUAGGAGCUGAGCCUCUUCCUGUGGCGGCCACACACCAGCACAGCCCGUGGAGGAGCCUCUUCUUCUUUUUCUUUUUCUUCUUCUCCUCUCCUGUGGCCUCCUGUCCCCAGGACUGUCCAGCCUGGCAAGAUGAAGUGGAGGAGCAUCGCCAUCCUUGCCACCCUGCAGGCACAGCUCCCAGCCACAGAUGCUGCAUCAGUUCUUGGCCUCACAGAUCCCAGGCUCUGCUACAUGCUGGAUGGAUUCCUCUUCAUUUAUGCAGUGGUCAUGACAGCCCUUUUUGUGAAGGCAAAGCUCAGCCAGCCCCCUGAACCACAGCUGCAACCAGGCCAGGAUGAUGUGUACAAUAAACUCUCCCGCACGCACAGAGACGAUUACGACGUUCUGGGAGGAAAGCGAGGAGCAGACCCCGAGCUGGGCGGGAGACACCAGCAGAGGAGAAAGAACCCUCAGGACACUGUCUACACUUCACUGCAGAAGGACAAGAUGGGUGAGGCGUACAGUGAGAUUGGAAUGAAGGGAGAGCAGCAGAGGCGGCGAGGCAAAGGCAAUGAAGGUCUCUACCAGGGGCUCAGUGCAGCAACCAAGGACACUUACGAUGCUCUCCAAAUGCAGCCUUUGCCCCCCCGCUAAGUGGGAGCCUCAGAGGGGAUGGGCAAGAGUGAGAGAUGCCCACCUGCUUUGGGGAGGAGAGGGGGGAAAGCCUUUUUCAUCCAACACAAGCACUGUGUGUUUUCUGUGUGCAGGAACCUCCUUGGGUUGGUGCACAGAGUCUGAACCUGGCCUUUUCCUUCUCUCUCUCCUCCUGAAUCAUGUAACUGCUUUUGCUAUUAGAAUGUACAUAUCUGUAAAGUUGUUUCCAAUUAUAGUGGGUAUUAGGCUGAUUUUUUUUUUUUUUUGGUCAGGUUUGUGUUGUGGGGACUAGACCACACCUUCUAACAAACACAGCUAUUUCUAUAGCUCUUCCUUGUCUUCCAGAAUAUUAAGACAUGGAAUUAUGGCUUUAUUGCUUUUAAACAAUUUGCAAAGAUAGGGUUGUAUUUACUUCUUGCAGUAUUUAUAUAAGACUAUUUCACCCUUUUUGCUUUAAAUUUGCCUUUAAAAAACUGCUUCAGUGGAGGGCAACAUUUUUUUUUUAAUUAUAAAGAGUGACAUGAUGUUACAGAAGUGAAGUAGAGAGGCUGAAUGCCAACUUUCCAGUGAAAGAAAAUGAGCACCAAUAUCCAAAAAAAGAUCAAGCAAUGGCACUGCCAGUCAUCCAUAAAUAUGAGCCAGGUAAGCUGAGUGAAAGACUUCUCUGAAGGCAGAAAAACAAAGAAAACAAGGAGAUGGGUUCCCCUAUUAUCACUUCCAGACAACAAACUGUACAAAAGCCAGCAUAAAUGCAGUUUCCAACUGCAGACCAUGAGGCUGCCUCUAAAAGGUGCAGGUAUCAUUCCAAGGAGGCACCAGCUCAAUAAUGUCAUGUGUUUUUGAUGAAUUAAUAGAACAGUGCCACAGUCCCGUGUGUGUGUGCAGGGAGCAGCAAUGGGAAUGGCACAAGCUCCUUACCUGAGGCAUUCAGCCCAUCUGAACCAGCCUGAACCCAGCAGCACCAUCUCCCAGGGAAGCUGAGGAGGACAGGAUUCCAGCAGGAGCUCCUACACACGUCCCAGAAGCUGAGAUGGGCUGUUGGGAAAAUGCCCCAAACCCAGGUAUCAAAGGGACACUCACUCACCUCCUGCUGCUGCAGCCUCAGUUUUGCCCGUGCCUCGCAAGCUGCACAGGGAAGCCUGGAGGAAUUCAGCAAGGACAAAUCCAGCCCAGCAACACCAGGGGUGUUUCAUCUCCACUCCACUGACCAAGUCAUCUCACCAGUCACACAGAGGAAGCAGAGCUAAAACAAGGCUGUGGAAAUAAGAGCUGCUGCUCUGGGUACUGGCCAAAUGAGCUUAUGUCUUCUUUCCAGGGACUGGGUGGGUUUUCAGCAGAAAAACUUGCUGAAAUGGGUGCUAUGCAAGUUCCAAGGCAGUUUUACUUCUUCAAGCAGUAAAACUGUACCUGCAGUAGGUGCUUGUAGCUUUUAAAGAAUAUUUGCAAUAAAUUAAAGCAAAAAAAAAGUAAACUGAGACAUGGUAAUGAAUGUUUCUUGCAAAAAAAAUAUUCUUAGAUCCUUUACUCUUCGGCAGUGACAAGAAAAAUUGAGAGAACUGGGUGAUAACUGAGACAGCUGAGCUGAAAAUUACAGUAAAGUUAUGCUGCAAAGCACUCGAUGCAAGAACAAAGAGUGCUGAAAACAGCUUUCUCUUUUUAAAUCACCAUAACUAUAUCUGCAAGAUGUAGAAGUCACAAGCUUUGGCAGUGUGAAAUACCAACUGCCAAACAAUAGGAAUUAAAUUCUUGGGGUGGAGGGGGGGUGGAAAAAUCACCUUUAUGCUCUUUAUAUAUCAAUGGAUACCUUGAUUUCAAAGUGCAUCCAAUCCUGGUUUUGGGGCCACUCACUGUGGGAUUGAGCUGAGUCUCAUCUUUGCCUUCAGGAAGCGACUGAAGCUGUUUCUGCUUUUAGGAGAGGAGCUGAUAAAUACAGAAUUAGAACAAAAGCUUCCAGCAGAGUGCAUAAAACCUGGGCUCUCCUCCAGUCUGACAAGACAAAAGGCAUCACAGAUCAAUCUUCUGACCAUUUUGAUGCAAGGGGACACAUUUAAAAACUACAAACAAGUGCAUACAUGUUAAAACACUUGGAAAAUGGUUUAAUGAUGUUUACAACAGAAAUGAACUGUACAAUUACAGUAAGUUUAAUAUAUAUAAAAAAUUACAGCAGACAAAUGCAUCUACACAAAAUCUACCUUUUCAUUCUGAUUUACUGUAAUCUACACAAUCUCUCAAUGCCUACAGCUAUCUGUAGGCAACCACUGGGAAAAUAAUAAUAAUAAUAAUAUAAUAAUAAUAAAGGACAUCUUUAAAGAGACAGCAUUUCGCCUUCCUCCUCACCCUUAGUGUGAUCAGCAAGGUUUUGAAAUGUGUGGGACUCUCACAUUUCAGUCUCAAGAAAAGCUUGGGUUGCGUUUGGGUAGGGUACUCCCAUAAUGGCCCUUGAUUUCAAGUGUUCUGCUGACCUCAAGUGUAUCAAUGCAGUGUAUGAGGAAGGCCAAGAGAAAAAACAACCUCCCAGCCAGUGUAAGCAGGCAGUUGCACAGAGCAGUGAAACCAUUAGGACCAAAAACUUGUCUUAUUUAGAAAAAAAAAGCAAAAAGGGACUGCCCAGACACUACAGACAUUCACAAAUCCUAAUUUCUUUGAAAGUUAUGAUCAGAUUUAGAAGAAAGGGCUUGGUUUUCCACUCCCAAUUCCUCAUACAAAGGGGUAGUUUUCAAACUAACAUGGUAAAUACUUUUUAAAAACAAAAUUUAAGCCACUUCCUCUUUGGCCCACCCCUUAAAACAGUGAAACCCCCUUUGCACUGAGAAGGAACCUCAGGUCAGUGGGGAA